UCCCCCACCCCCAAUUAAUUUUCUGGAUCCGCCACUGGUAAUUAUAAAGAAGCUACAACCUAGAUCGUUUUAAAACCACGUAGCCUAGUCUUCGAGGGUCAUAUAAAACCAGUCAUGGCGAAGUCACGUACAAAGCCGGAAGAAGCCGAACUGGCCCUUGAGGAUGGACCACAGUGAGACGCAUUUCGAGAACGAGCGUCUGUCCGAGGAAUUGGAGGACACUGUGGACACCAUACACCGCUACAAACACCGCCAGUUCAUCAGCCGAGCCUUCGAAAUCAUGGAGCUCAAGAAGACACUGGCCGCUUUUCAGUCAAUGACAAAAUCCAAUCAGAAACCCGACAAACUUUUACCGCGCAGGAGUCGACCAACGAGCUCCUUCUCCAGCGUCGUCAAGGUGAACGUUCGGUUGCCAGCAGAAACAGGCGACAAGGAAGAGUCUGACAGUGAUAACGAUUUGUCGUCCAGUGACGACAGCAGCUUUUGCAGGUCUGGGAAAGGAGAGAAGAAGUCCAAAAUAGUGUCUAAACCGGAGAGAGCCAAACCAGUUGUGGGUAGAAGAAACAGCCCUUCAGACUGGUACGCCAGGAUGUUGGUUUCUCGAGACGUACCGCUCAGACGACCAGCAUCGUCGCUACCUACAGUGGGACCUAGGUCAACAAGAUGUCAGUCGAAACCCGCUCGAGCAAAAUCGGCAUUUCCCAGAACCACGACCACCGAGACGUCGACGGUGAUGUCGUUAAACGGAGCAAAUGACAGUCCAGAGAAGGGGAUGAAGCUGGUCUGCAAUCGUCGGCGAGUGGUGUCUGCGUCCAUGUCACGACGCCAGCUGAAGGAGCUGUGUCACCAGGACCUGGUCGGGGAGGAGAGCGAGGAAGUGGACGUGAUGAAGGCGAGACAGGAGAAACACCGCCUGGAGGCUGAACGUCUACAAAUGAGAGUCAAACUCUUUCUCAAAUCCAUGGACAACUGGGCGUGUAGCAGCAAGAAGACCAUUCGAUCUUACUACUGACUGAAUGUCAUCUUCCGUCAUUCCAAAAUAGAUGUACAAUUAAUGUGUACGAUACAUACGCAUGAAGCUAAAAGGAUGCGUGCAUUUUAUUUUUAUUUUCUGUUAAUAAAGGCGCGUAUGCAGAGGGGUGGGUUUUGACACCCUAUUCCCCUUUUCCAAGCAAAUGUUCUUUUGUCUCAAUGUAUUGUCUGUAAUCGUAAGUUAAAUAUCUUUACGGUAUUUUUUUAAUACUCAGAGAAUACGCAUUUUUAAUAUGUUGAAGGAUUCGCAAAUUGUUUUCAGUUUGAGUGUUUUCUUUGUACGAGUGAAACGAAUGAAAUAACUUGCUACAAUUUGCUCGUGAAUGUCACACUGGUUCGCUACUGUUUCAAUAGACGAGCUUAAGGAACUGGUAAUGGUAAUUCUUCUCUUAGGUCUAAUUCACUGGACUAUAAGAAGUGUCAGUGCAGUGUAGAACUACUUUCACGGAUGAUCCGAAAUUGCUUACGAGAUCCAGUUCUCAAGUGUAAAGGCCACAGUUUGAACCUCGUCAAAACAAAAGUGCACUCCAUAACUUGAUUGGGAUACCACCUGGGAAUACAGACUGUCGUGUGAGUUAUUGAUUUCACGAGGACAUGCAUAUAAACAACCACAGAACACACCACGUGAAAACACAACACCAGCGCUAACAAAGUAUUGUUUUAGCGGCUGGGAACAUAAUGUGGUAGAAAUCAUCACCGAUCCCUAAGUGAUAUAAAUUGUAUCGAAAGUCGUGUUAUGUGUUAUCCUGUCCGUUGGGAACGUGCAUAUAAUCAAACCCUUGCUACAAACCUAUAACAUGUCGAGCACAAAAUAUUAUUCAACCUAAGAUGAAUAAAAGGAUGAAAAAAGUAUAUGAUAUUAAUAGACUCCAUCAUAUAUGGUCAUGUGAGAUAGAAAAAAAAUACACUGAAAAUUUCGACCCAGAAUGAAGCUCGUUAGAUACGUUUUAAAACAACCCGUCGUAAGAUAAAUGGUAUCUAACGGCCACUCAUGUAGUAUUCUCUCUAUAUAUGCUAAACCGGUGAUUAUCAGUGAGGUGUUUCGUUUUAAGAUCAUUUUCCUCUCCUGUACAGAUAUCGUCAUGGACUCGGAGAAGAAUCAAGUACAUCAUAUAAACGAUUUCCAUAGGAAAGGUUCCAUGAUACACAGCUGUUCGUACUUUUAAAAAUAAUGUUGCAAUAUUCAACUGUCAAACUACGUUUCAUGGAAUUAAGGAAGUACAUUUGUCUUUAGUAGACACUGUGGUUUUACAUAAAUAUAUAUAAAUAAUAUUUUCAUAUACUUACCAUUUGUGACACCCAAUAGCCGAUGUGUAUUUUUGUGCUGGGGUGUCGUUAAACAUUCAUUCAUUCAGUAAAGAUUCAGUGAAUACUAUUUGAUUCAAUGCAUGAUUCAGUGCGUGGUAUAAAUUCAUUAUAUUCAUCCGUUAAACAUUGAGGGACGGGACGUAGCCCAGUUGUAAAGCGCUCGCUUGAUGCGCCGUCGGUUUGGGAUCGAUCCCUGUCGGUGGACCCAUUGGGCUAUUUCUCAUU